UGUAAAAAUUUCUAAAAGGAAAACGAAGGGAAAAAAAUCCAUCAAAAUUAUUCAAUUAACGAAAUUCAUCAAUGUUAUGCCGGCUUCAACGAUGUUUUCCAAAUUCAAAGGAGGAAAUACUGCCCCACAAAAUCCCGUGGAUACCAAUCCCAUCACACAAUACUUUGAAAUUGGCAAACAACAAGCGUGCGCUGGCCCAGAACUGUGUUGGAAAAUUCACGAUGCCUAUCGGAAGAGCGAUGGAAAGGAAUGUUCCGUGUUCUUAUUCGAGAAACGUGUGGCGGAAAAGUUGCACAAGCCAAAGCGGAAAGAAACAAUAACAGAAAUUCUGCGUGCGUCUGUGAAGCAAUUAGAACGAUUUCGGCACCCGAAGAUUCUGCAAAUUUUACACACAGUCGAGGAAUGCGGUGAUACGCUUGCCUUUGCGACGGAACCGGUGUUUGCGAGUCUGGCAAAUAUUCUUGCAUGGCAGGAAACAAGUACGCAAGCAAUAGUUGGACCCCCGAGUACAGGAGCUUCCCAAAAUAUUCCGGGACAGCCGGGAGGCAUUCAGCAACAACCCCAAAGACCUGCCCAUGCCCGUGAAUACAAUUUCCUCGAUAUUGAGCUUAAAUACGGACUUUUACAGAUCACAGAAGCAUUAUCGUUCCUCCAUUAUUCCGGACAAAUAAUUCAUAAAAAUGUCUGUCCCUCGUCAAUUCUCGUCACGAAAAAGGGCACAUGGAAAUUGGCGGGCUUUGAGUUUAUCGAACGUGCUAAUGAAAAUGAUGCCGUUGAACCUGUCGUUUGUCAGCCAUGGAGCUCACGUUUGUCGAAAAUGGCACAACCUAAUUUGGAUUUCAUGGCGCCGGAAAUCCAGAUGAAGUCACAUUGCACGAUACUGAGUGACAUGUUCUCGCUCGGCAUGGUAAUUUGUACCAUCUUCAAUAAUGGCAGGCCAUUGAUACAAUCGAACAACUCGACGUCGGCGUAUCUAAAGCAAUUGGAAUUGCUCGAUGAUGCAGUUCACAACAUGUUGCCGCGCAUCCCGAUUCCGCUGCAGGAAGCAACGUCAAGGCUUGUGAGCAAAAUACCGGGACCAAGACCGACAGCGCAGUUGUUGCAAUUAAUCAAGUUCUUUACUGAUUCCGCCGUUCAUGCUUUACAAUUUUUAGACGUAAUCAAUAUGAAAGAUCCCACGCAAAAGGCGCACUUUUAUCGCAAUACAUUGAAAGAUGCACUUCCAUUCAUACCAAGGAAACUUUGGUGGCAACAUGUCUGGCCCUAUUUGCAGCAAGAAAUGAAGCAAUCGGAAGUGCUGGCAGCUGUAUUGCAGCCCGUACUUGCUCUCGUGCACGAAUCUACCACGGAGGAAUAUGAAAAUAUCAUUUUGCCAACUAUCAGAGUCGUACUAACUUCGCCGAAAUCCAUUCAAGCGACGGUAACUUUGCUGGAAAAUUUGCAUGUUAUACUCGAGAAGACGCCACGAGAGGAUGUGCGCUCGGAAAUUUUACCUUUGUUAUUUAAUUCAUUCGAAAGUAACACCAUUCAAGUGCAGAGCGCCGCCCUCGUAGCUGUGACAAACGUCUACGAAUAUCUCGACGAAAUUUCGAUCAAAAAGAUGGUCCUACCGAAAAUCAAGACUGUAUUCGAAAAGAAUCAAAGCGACUUGAAGAUUAUGGCAAACGUAUUGCAGUGCAUCGAACGAACGCUACCCAAGUUGGAAAAGUCUCAGAUAAUAGACGAAGUUUUACCAUUGCUUUGGGACAUCAGACUAUCGGAUCCAGAUCUCGUUCUGCGAGUUGUUAGUAUUUACAGACUUAUGCUGAGCGACAAGAAAUAUGGGUUGUCUGUCAAUUUGAUGGCAACACGUGUAAUGCCGUCACUUUUACCGCAAACAAUUAAUCCAUCACUCAAUUUGGAGCAGUUUACGAUACUUUUGGAGACGUUGCAAGAAAUGCUCGAUCACAUCGAUCGGCAACAACGCAACAAAUUGAAAUUGGAUAAUUUGUCGUUGCCAUCGCCGGAACGACAUCGACCCCUGAGACAUCAGUAUUCGAGUGACAACAUGCACGUGCCGCCCUUUAACAUUCCCAACUUACGCAUUGACCAACGAAAGACGUCAAGUGCAGAAGAUAUGGCACGUAAAAAUUCAACAGGCGUCUCCAUUUGUUCAAAAGGUUCGGGAAUGUUGGGCGGAUGGUGGCUCGGGCAAUCUCCCUCGUCGCCAGAUAGUAAUUUCUUACGCGUGGUAAAUGCUUUCCCGAAUCGCCGAUUAUCUGAUAACACACUUAUGACACCAAAAAUUCGAAUUGCGCCGUCGUGCGCCUCGUCGCCAGGCGGCACACCUGGCGGAGGAUUGCCAAUCAGGCGUCAUUCGAGUAUUGGACCGCAAGAGAGAAGAGGUUCAGCGAUGAACUUAUCUCCGCCUGCACUUGCACGGAGCAUGAUCGGCGGUUCAAUGCCAAACACGAGCAGCAGCGUACCAUUUUUGCUGACAUCGAGCAUGCAGUCGAUUCGUUCGCGUCGCCCAUCGACGUGCUUAUCGUCGGGCCCGCUGGGCAGCGGAAGCGGCUUUUUGCAGCAAAUUGGCUCGAAUGUGUAUCAGCUGUUUUCUGGUCGGUCUUAAACAAACAAAAAAUAAUACACUACUAUUACUACUACUACUACUAACAACCAC